UAGACUAGAAUAGAUUUAGUCUAUGCUAAUUCUAGAUCUAGAUUAAAUCUUAGAUUACUUAGACUAGAUUUAGAGUAUAGAUCUAGACUCUAAUAUUAAUAAUUUAAAUUUACUUUCGACUUAGACUUACUUAGUGAACUUAGUCAUUUCCAUUUGAUUUAGAUUUUUAACAUUUUAGAUCUAGAUGUAGUCUAGACUCUAUAAUAAAAAAAUUAAUAGUAUUUAGAGUCUAUAAAACUAUCGACUAUUACUAUUAGACAUUUACUAAAUCAUUUAGUGAGACUUAUCAGUAAUACUAAUAGUAACUAAUAAUAGUAAUAAUAGAUCUAGUAGUCUUAUUCUUAACCAGAGACACUAACUUAGAGUUAGAGUGACUAGAUCUAUUUUUAUACGUGUCUAGCAUUCUUGAGUGACUAGUGACUAGACUCACUAGAGUCACUAGAGUAGUAGAGAGUAGUCUCAGUAGUGUGUGACUGUCUAGAAUCUAAAUAAUAAUAAUUUAAUAUAGAUAGAGUUCUAGACUUUAGUACUUUAGUAGUUGAAAAGACGAAAGUCUCUGUAUCUGACAAGAUCAUCAAGUGACACUAGUGACUAGUGUAACAAAGAAUUCAAAGAUGCUUAUUAAAGUAAAGACUCUCACAGGAAAAGAGAUUGAAAUUGACAUAGAGCCAACAGAUAAGGUUGAGAGAAUAAAGGAGAGAGUUGAAGAAAAAGAAGGCAUUCCACCUCAGCAGCAGCGUCUCAUUUUCAGUGGAAAACAAAUGAACGAUGAGAAAACAGCAAGUGACUAUAAAGUAGCUGGAGGAUCUGUGCUACAUCUUGUUCUUGCUCUACGUGGAGGUGGAGAUUGUUAAGUUAGCUAACAAUAUCAGAAUAUGGUUAAACAACUUAUCAAAGUUAUUUGUUUAAAUGUCAAAAACUGAGUAAAUCUUUUUUUUUAUAUAUAUAUAUAAAAGGAAAAAACAAACAAAUUUGGAAUUAGUUUUGAAAUCUAAAUUCAUUGUAAAUCAAGUACAUAUGUAUGUAACAUACUUCUGUAUAUAUACAUUAUGGCAGUGUUUGAGAAGUAAGUUAUGUAUUCAGAUCUAUGAUAAAUUUUUCAUCUUUGGUAAAAUAAAUUGUUAUCUAAAUAACUUUUCCUCUUUCUCUCAAGAUCCAUCUUUUUAUUGAAAAUGAUUUACAAAGGUCAUGGAGUAUAUUGUGCUAAUUGUGAGAAAUCAAUUGCAAAAUCUUGCAUGAUAAAGAGUGAAAGAUGUUUGACUUGUAUGUUUAUCUGUCUUUGCUUACGAAAUAGAUGUUUUGCUGUUUUUUUAAUUAAGAGUUUUUAUUUUAUUAAAAUGUUGUUUUUUUCUUUUUGAAUAAAUAAAUUGUUUAAAAAAUUA